AUGCGUCUCUCCGUCGUCCUUCCUCUGGUCAUCGCCGCUGCGUCCGCGGUGCCCGCGCUUGCACUUCCGGUUGAGGCCCGUGCUGGAGACCUCAUCUCCGAGAACCCGCCUGCGUCUGCGCAUCCCGCUGCUCACCACCACAAGCACCACAAGGGUGGACACGCCGGUGAGGGCAAGCACCACCGCAAGGGGAAGCACUCUGGCAAGGGCAAGCACGCCCAUAAGGGGAAGCACGCUCACGGACACAAGGGCAAGCAACACGGCGCUCACCACGCGGGGGAGCACCACGACGCUACUCACCCUCACGGCGCGCACCACGCAGGGCAACACCACGACGGCACUCACCCUCACGCCGUUCACCACGCGGGGGAGCACCACGACGGCACUCACCCUCACGGUGCUCACGGUGCUCACCACGCAGGGGAACACCACGACGCUACUCACUCUCACAGCGCGCACCACGCAGGGGAGCACCACGCCGGCACUCACCCUCACGGUGCCCACGGCGCUCACCACGCAGGGGAACACCAUGACGGCACCCACCCUCACGCCGCUCACCACGCGGGGGAGCACCACGACGGUACUCACCCUCACAGCGCUCACUCCCUGACCGGGGAGCACCACGACGACACCCACUCUCAUGGCGUGCACUCCCACCUCGCGGCGGCUCCUCCGACUGUCGCCCAUGACAAGCCUGCUGUGUCUGCGAAGGCGAAUCCUCCCGUGUCUGCGAAGGCGAAGCCUCCCGUGUCUCCAAAGGCAAAGCCCCCUGUGUCUCCGAAGGCGAAACCCGCUUCGAAGGCACAACCCGCUGCGAAGGCAAAACCCGCUGUAAAGGCAAACCCCGCUGUAAAGGCUAAGCCCGCUGUGAAGGCCAAGCCCGCUACGAAGGCCAAGGCCGCGCACCACGCUCGCGCGUACGACGACGAAGAGCUCUUUGCGCGCUCGUUCGACGACGAAGACCUCUUUUCUCGCUCGUUCGACAACGGCCAGCUCUAUGACCUGUACGCGCGCGACUUCGAGGGCGCGGAUGUCUUCGCCCGGGCCUUCGAGGACGAGACGCUCUUCGCCCGGGAGUCCGACGACGAGCUCCUUGCCCGCGAUAUUGACGAGGAACUCAUCGCCCGGGAGUUCGACGACGAGCUCUUCGCACGCGACUUCGAGGAGCUCUUCGCUCGCGCCUUCGACGAGGACGAGCUCGUGGCGCGCGAUCCUCCGCCGCAGGGCAGCGGUGCGCUCAACUUCGGCAAGAUCAUCAAGGGCGGCGUCGGCUUGUUUGAGCACCUGUUCCGCCGGGAGGACCAGGAGAUGCUCGCGCGUGAGCUCGCGUAUGAGAUCGUUGCACGCGGGAUGGACAUUGACGAGCUCGAUUGA